AUGCCCGAAAUAGGUUCAUGUACUGAUAUAACAUGUGAUAAUGAAAUCAAAGAAUUAUAUCAAUGUCAUUGUUGUUUACGUCUUGUUUGUUUAACUCAUUUGAUUGAACAAGCAAACAAAUUUCUUGAUGUAUCUAAUAGUUCAAUUGAUGAAACACAAAAUAUUUUCGAACAAAUAAAUCAAGCAAUAACAUUAAAUCGUUCAGAUGUAGCAGAAGAAGUUGAAAUCUUAGAAAACAUUCAACGUAUAUCACUCAUGAUUCUUUGGAUACUAUUUCAUCUGAGUAAUAAAACAUCGAAAUCUGCUAAGGAUCAACAUGGAAAUGAAAAACAAAAGAAACUUGAACAAAAACCCAGAACGAUUUAUGACAAAUGCCCAUUAGAAUUUGAUGGAGCAUAUGGUCUUACUCAAGAAAAACAUUCUAUUAAAUUUUUUUAUGCUCAACGUUUGGUACAAGCUAUUGCCGAUGAUAAAGAUCCAAAGACAACAAAAUUAUUUGAUGGAAGUGAAGAUGUAAUUGAUCAUUUUUAUCAAAUCCCAUGUCCUUUUAUUAAUGGACGACUUGAUUUUCCAGAAUAUACUCGCAAAUUUGUAAGCAAUGUACCAUGUCCACGGCGUAUACUACCAAUUAAAAAAUUAAAACAUCAUUUACGACGUUAUCAUCAGGUUUCUGAAAUGUUUGCACAAGAAUUAGUUGAUACUUUCAAAGAAAUGCGAGCAGCAGAUAAUAUUGUUUCAGCUUCACUGAUUCCAUCAACAUAA